UUGGAAGAAGGAGAAAUCACGCCUUCAGUCGGACGCUCGCCGGGUGGCACUAUCGUCGGAACUUCUGAGAACCGUCCCUUACAAUCGGAGAUUCCGCCUUUGAGGUUGCCGUCGGUCAGUCAAAAUACAUCUCAGAAUAGCGGCGAAGCACAAACCGAAAACCCUCAGCUCAUUAUUGAAGGGGACAAAAUCACACCCCUACACGUGGCAAACCAAUCUCUCAAUGGGCCAAAAAACAUCAUUCGACUUGGGCCUAAUGCACAGGUACCAAUUAACAACUUUGCUAAACAUUUCAAUAAACAAACGGGCCCUUUAUCCCUUUCUACCUCACCCUUAAUCUCUCAGCCCGCCUCAACCCAUAAUCAACCCACCAUACAAAAAUCCCAGCCCACAGGACUUACCCCUCUCGUGGACUUAACCUGUCAGCCCAACAUCAAAACCGCCUCUCAAUCACAGCCCGCUUCUCCUCAGCCCACCUCCAAGCCCGACACCUCCAUCUCCAUUACCCACCCCGACACACCUCAACCAAACCAAAACAUCACCUGCCACCAAACGGACACCAAUAACCGACCGGCAGCUGACAACCAUCUCCCCGGCGACGGCAACGGCGCCGGCUCUAUCACCAGAUUUUCCCCAUCGGCCGGCGAUACAUUCGGGACAGCAACGAACGUUGACUACGGCCGGAAUCCUCGGCCCCCGACCAGUUUCACCGACCCGGUCGGCAAACCCCGCAGGAAUAGUCACCUCGGCUUUUAG